AAACCCAUCGUCAUCUCCAACGGAUCAUCAUCAUCCUACUAAACCUCACUCGCUCCGCCACUCCCGCCCCCCCUUCUCCCCAAUGGAGGCCUCCGCUUCUGCCCCAGCGGUGCUCCUCCCGCUGCUGGCCGCCCCGCCGCGCUUCCUCCACCUCCCUCUGCGCCGCCCCUCCACCCGCCGCCACGGCUGCGGAAGUGGGUUCCUGCUCCAGCCGCCGCCGCUAGGCCCCGGCUCCCGCGCCCGCUGUAGGACAACCUGUUGCGCGUCGGGCCCGGACCAUGCGGACGUGCUGCUGGGCGGGGCCUCGCUGGUCAGCGUCGCGGCGGUCACCCUCCUCGCUGCCCUGCAGCUGGUGUGGUUACGGUGGCGCAGCGCGAUGCACGGGGAUUCCCCGGAGGUUUUACAUGAACAUGGCAAAAGCAUUGUAAAUAAAGUCCUUGGUGCAUCAAAAACAAUGUAUGACAGCAACUGUGCAGCACAGACAACUCAUGAUAGUGGGCUUCCAGAGCUUGGCGUUUCUGGAAGAAUGACUGUUGAUACACAGGCUUGUUCUGUAAUUAGUCCUUUGGCACCUCCGGUUACAUCAGCAGAUAUUUCUGGACCAGAAGUUAUUUGCUCAACUGCAACUGCAAAUUGUUCCAUCGAAAAGGUUACAAGUGUUCCUGUGAUGCCAGAUUCUGUAUCAGAAGGACAAGAUAAAACCAAGUAUUUGUCUAACAGUACGGGCCGGGUAGCUGGGCUACCUUAUCAAUUUUUAUCCCUUUCAGGACAUCAGGAAGUGAUGCAAAAUAGCCAAGGUCAUACUGGUAAGCAAAUGGAUGCCUCGGAUGCUAAUUUAGUUGGAUGCAAUCAGAGUGAUCAAGAGGAACAUCUUGAUUUUACAUCUCUUUCGUCCUUCAAAAGAAUAGCAGAAUGUCAUCUCGGUUUUGUUCCCCUGGCCAGCAACCGCAAUUUGUUCAAACCAAGGAAAUGGAUUGAAUUCACCAACUCAAAUGCAGGGAGCUCUUAUUCCCCAGCAGGUCAGUUUUCUCCAGUUGCAUGCUUAAGGGAAGACCCUGUGAGUAAACAAGAGAAAGCUGUGAAGGACCAUGAUGAUUCACCAGUCACAGGCUUUAGCAUUUCCAAUAUACUAAACAAGGAGAAUCCAGAUAAUUUCACUCAAGCAAAGAGAGGGGGACUGAAGGGCACGAAGGAUACAUUAGAUUACUCAAGGAUAUACAAUAGUUUCUUAAUUGAUGGAAGGUUGAAGGACUGUGUGGACUUGUUAGAAAGCAUGGAGCAAAAUGGAUUGCUUGAUAUGAAGAAGAUUCACCAUGCCAGCUUUUUCAGUAUGUGUAAGAAGCAAAAGGCUGUCUUGGAAGCUGUUCGCUUCUGCACUUUGAUUGACAACCCGAAAAUAAGUACCUUCAAUAUGCUUUUGUCCGUGUGUGCUAAUUCACAAGAUUUUGAUGGAGCACUCCAAGUUAUGGAGCUCCUAAAGGAAGCUGGGCUAAAACCUGAUUGUAAACUUUACACAACACUGAUAUCAACUUGUGCGAAGUGUGGAAAAGUUGAUGCCAUGUUUGAGGUCUUCCAUGAGAUGGUCAGUGCUGGUAUAGAGCCAAAUGUCAACACAUACAGUGCAUUAAUUGAUGGCUGUGCUAGAGCUGGGCAAGUGGCAAAAGCAUUUGGUGCUUAUGGGAUUAUGAGUUCAAAGAAGGUGAAGCCAGAUCGAGUUGUCUUCAAUGCUUUGAUCAGUGCAUGCGGUGAAUCUGGUGCUGUGGCUCGGGCGUUUGAUGUUUUAUCAGAAAUGAUGGCAGAAUCUUCGGAAUCAAAAGGAUCCGGACCAAUACUUCCUGAUCAUGUUACUGUUGGAGCGCUGAUGAAAACAUGUAUUCAGGCAGGCCAGGCUGAUCAAGCUCGUGAGGUGUACAAAAUGCUUCAGGAGUACAAUAUAAAGGGUACCCCAGAAGUUUACACAAUCGCAUUGAGAAGCUGUAGCUUGACUGGUGAUUUAGGGUUUGCACUGAAGAUAUAUGAAGAUAUGAACAAGAUUGGAGUAAAACCUGAUGAGAUGUUCUUGAGUGCUCUAGUUGAUGUAGCUGGCCAUGCUAGGAGGGCGGAUGCCGCGUUUGAAAUAAUGAAAGAUGCAAGAGCAAAAGGAUUACACGUGGGAACAAUUGCCUACAGUUCAUUAAUGGGUGCUUGCUGCAAUGCAAAGGACUGGAAGAAGGCACUGCAGCUAUACGAGGAGAUUAAGUCUAUCAAAUUAACCCCAACUGUUUCAAUGAUGAAUGCUUUGAUCACCUCUCUGUGUGAUGGUGAUCAGGUCCUAAAGGCUGUUGAUGUCCUUAAUGAGAUGAAAGGAAUAGGAAUCUGUCCAAAUGAGAUAACCUAUUCUGUCUUAUUUGUUGCUUGCGAAAGAAACGGUGAAGCACAACUAGGUUUGGAUUUGUUUGAACAAUUAAAAAUAGAUGGCAUUGGCAUCAAUCCUACCAUUAUUGGUUCUCUGACUGGUUUAUGUCUACAAAUGUUUGACAGUGAUCUCUCGCUUGGGAAUAUUAUUGUCAACUUCAGCUUAGGGAAACCACAAAUUGACAACAAAUGGACUUCCUCAGCAAUUAUGGUGUAUCGUGAGGCAGUUUCAACUGGGCUAGUACCUUCAAGUGAUGUUUUAUCUCAAGUGUUGGGAUGUUUGAGGCUUCCUCAUGACAAUUCGCUGAAGAGUAGUUUCAUUGAAAACAUGGGAAUAAGUUGUGAUAUUCCACAUAAUCCAAAUAUUAAUUCACUCUUUGAAGGAUUCGGUGAAUAUGACAUCCGUGCUUUUUCGAUGCUGGAGGAGGCUGCUUCAUUAGGUGCAGUUUCAAGUAUUUCCAUGAAAGAUACCAGGAUUGUUAUUGAUGCAAGAAAGUUAAAGAUCUACAGUGCCGAGGUUUCUCUUCUUACAACAUUGAGAUCUUUGAAGCAUCGACUCGCUGCAGGUGCAAGAUUACCAAACGUGACAAUCUUGUUACCCACAGAAAAGAAACAGGUUGACAUUGAUGAAAGAGAAAAAACACUAAAGCUAUCUGGAAGAAUUGGUCAAGCAAUCGGUUCUCUCCUGAGGCGAUUAGGAAUUUCAUACCAGGGGGAGGAGUCGCACGGGAGGAUGAGGAUCAAUGGCCUCACCUUAAGGAGAUGGUUCAAUCCAAAGUUGAAUAGCAAAUCCUCCAGUGCCGCGCCAGCUGAUUUGCUUCCCCUAUCGUCGCGUUUAGCAAAAGGGAUUGCUGAUCAGCAACGCGACAUCAGAAGCCUUUCGCUCGAGUAGUGCAGGACAAUCCAGCAGCAACCGAUCUCGGUAACCUUUGUGAGAACAUGUCCAGGAUAGUAAAAUGUCUUAAGAGUUUGUUCAGGGAAAGAAAUAAAAAAUACUACAUUUAUAUAGUAAUCUGUGAAAAGAUUAUUCAAAAGAAAGAAAUCACAGUACAUCAAAUUUUGUAAACAGGAUGCAUAAAACAAUUUAAUUUAUAGUGUGUGAAGCAUUUUUGUCUCGUUCA